AUGGCACGUACACCCAUUGAUGAAAGCAUGGAUUCGCACAAUAGCAAUGUAAGCUUAGAGGACGAUGAAAGCAAUAUGCGAGGGCGAUUUUUUGAACAAGGCCUUAGUGCACUCUUGUCCGACAAACACUUUUUGCUGCUCUACGUGCCAAAAAAUGGAUUCAAGAUGCGAGUGGUACGACCUACCAGUGAUCUUUACCAUCGAAAGCGUAUGGCCAAAAGAAUGGAAGAAGCUCGAGGCAUUCCAUCAUUUUAUUAUGCAUUGUCGCACCUUUGGGGUCUUUCAGAAAACAAUGUACACCUUUGGCAUGAUAUUGGCAACUACGUCGAUGAUGAAAAUGGGCAACCUGCAGCUCCUGUAUCGAUGCGACCUGAAAAACGAGAUACUUUACUUGCAUUGCUCAGAGAUCACCCUGACAGUUAUUGGUGGAUUGAUGUUUUAUGUGCACGUACCGAUACACCCUUGGAUAUUAUGGGCGAUAUCUAUGCUUGUUGCGUUGAAUGUAUAGCCAUGAUUGAUUGUGCACCUGAUUUGAUACCCCAACUCCAUACCAUGCCGUGUGUGACAAAGGGAGAUUCUAACACAGCUGGGAAGCCUUGUAGCCAAAACAACAUGCAUCAUUACGAUGAUAAAUACUCUCAGUUGAUUGAACUCUUAUCCACAUUAAUGCAAAGCCAAUGGUGGAAACGUGUCUGGACUUGGCAAGAGAUGGCUCUACCUUUUGGAGAUGUGCGUCUUGUGGCAGAAACAGAUACCACCAAACAAUUUGCAACCAACACAAUCACAGUGGAUGAUUUAGUAAGCCGCUUUCAAGCUGCAGCAUUCCAUAUCAUGGAAAUUGGUGUUUUCUCAGGCGCUGACAACAGUGAUUCCGAGAGGCGUUGUUAUGACCCAGUGGAUUAUGUCUAUGGUGUGUUGGGUAUAUUUCAAUUCAAAGUCCCAAGGAUGACCGAUCCAAAAGCCGUUUGGCAACGCUUUUUGGUUGAGCUGGAUCAUUACAUGGAAGCAACGGGUAUCAAAGGCGAAUCGUUUGGUGGUGCUGGAGGGAGAAUUACUGGCUUUUGUGACCACGCAUACCAUGUUGACUUACGGAAGGCUAAAAAGAUGGCUGAUGUAUACAGAUACCUUCUAGAAGCUAGCACGUGUUAUGCCCAUCGGCAGAUCAAAGACUUGGAUGAGAGUAAUACGCUUGCCUAUAGCUGCAACUGCGACAUCCGUUGUCCAUCAUUAUCCAGCACCACUGCCACUCUCUACGUACUCUUAAUAGCCGAAUGUCUUCCACGCAUUGGAACUUUGUGGGAGCGGGGCAAUGUCAACAAGAUCAUGGCUAUGCUCCAUACACACUACACAGUAUUGGCUUUCGUUUCGAGCUACAACAUGCGAUGGCAACAGGAGAAACAUCCCAACAUUGAAGCACCAAGCACCAUGUCGCUCAAAGUGAUUCGCUCCAGGGAUCGAUUGUUGAAAUUCCUAGCAACUGCCGAAUGGAUGGCUUCAACCAGUGAGCACGUGGAGAUCAUAUUGAUUGGAUAUGGUGAUGGCAAUUACGAUGGUUGCUUGGAUACCGGCUCAGUUCAAAGAGGUGCAUAA